UCACUGUAUGUACUCUUCAGCAAGGUCAGACAACUCCACAUGCUCCUGAUUACAGACUAAUCAGCGUCUUCCUUCCAUUCACCCAAUCACAGCAGGGCAACACAAAAGGCAAACACCCUUGAAUAAAUUAAUUUAAACCAGAGACCCACUUCAAAUGUUUUUUUUUUUUUUACCAUCUGUAGCAUUUAUGUUAGUAAUUUAAAUCGUCAUUAUGCGGCAGCAGAGGUGAGUGUUCUUUCAUGCUCACUCUGAUCCGCAGCACACUGAUGUGACUAUAUAACCAUCAGAUGGUUUGUCCAGGAUGUACGACAGAGAAUUUCAGCUUUUAAAGUCUUAAUGAGAGGAAGCACAAGGCGCAGGGGAAAUUAUGGAUAUUCACACUUUCUGGAACGAAACAGCCGCGUAUAAUGAGACUCACAUGGACACCAUGUUUCUCCUGUUCAACUGCACGGUCCUAACCUUAACGUUAAUCCUGGGUUUGCCCGGCAACUUGUGGAUCUGUUGGGUUGUUUCCAGAACCAAGAGCCUGCAGACCUGCAAUAACGCGCUGCUGGUCAGCUUGGCCGCCAGUGACCUCCUGAAGUGCUCCGUGGACACACCGCUGCUGCUCUUCUCUUUCCUGCGCUACGGGAAGGACAGCCAGGUGCCGGUGUCUGUAUGCACCCUGCAGCAGUUCACCUAUGCCCUAUGCAGCUGCGUCCAGCUGCUCACGCUGGUCAGCAUCAGCGUGGAGCGCUUCCAAGCUAUCGCCUUUCCUUUCCAAACCGAGAGGAGGAGAGCGAGGGUCCGUCUCUGGAUCCUGUCCAUCUGGGCGUGCGGCCUCAUGUUGGCUGUCAUCUCUCUGACUCUUGCCAAGAAAGCGCUUUUCUACAUGCUCUGUCGUCCGCACAUCGGGGGGCACGGCGAAGAGCCUCUGCAGUAUUCGGAUCCAUUCGGACCCUACGUGCUGGUGCCGGUGUGGGGACUGUCUCUGACUUUGAUCAUUAUCCACUAUAUGCGGAUAUUGAGAGUUGUGAGGCACCACCGGAAGAAAUUGUUCAACCGGGGAGUCCAGCUGAGGCCGACGGUGUCGGAGCACGUCUGGGCCUGGCUGAGUGUCCCUGCUAGCCCAGCACCACGGACAGCUCCACGAGGCUCCUUCAAGUCUAUGCCCCCUGUGGGCUCCGGCAGCCCACUACCUCCCCGCAGAACGGUGCUCUUGGUGGCCGAGGCCGGUGCAUCCGGUGCGGACGCGUCCACGGGAGGACGACGCGCCCCGGGGGGACCUCCGGAUAUCGUCGGGGCAGUGUGUCUUCUGACACCCGGGGCAAGGGAGCGGGGGAAGAAACAGAUGGAGGGGAAAGUGGCGCAGCGUUUUGGGUACAUAAUCAUUGCGUUCACGCUUUUCUGGGUGCCCAUGGUGGUUAUUUUGCUAGUGAAUGUCAACUCUUGGCAGGACACGGACAGAUUGCUGAGGGAGCUGGAGACAUCAGCCAUGGUGCUGACCUGUAUGCAGGCUGCGGUGGAUCCUCUCAUCUACACUUUAGUCACCAGACAGUUUCGCUCUGAGCUAAGCAAGAUCCUCUCCUCCAUCCCCGGAUGUCCACUAAAACUGAGAGGCUGAAAGUUAACUUCUUUGAUAUGAACAUUUGGGCCACAUGGACUUCACCUUUGGGAAUCAAAAAAAUACUACUGCAGCUAAAUAUACACAAGCCACUGCCUUGUGUUUAUACACACACACACACGAAUACAGAGUGAUUUAGAGGCAAGAAGAGAGCCCACAGAUUUUGUAUUUGUGGCAGAUAUAGAUGUUUUAUCAGGCGUUUCACAGUCGAGACACAAGACAAGGUCAUACAUAAUAUCCAACACCUGACAAGAUACGCACAGCAGUAGUCUCAACAACGACAGGUGGCAUAGGAGGGCAAAGCAAAGAGUGAGAAGAAAACUGACUGAGCCCAGAAAAAAGACAAUCAAAGGAGAGUACAUAACAGAGAAAGAGAGACAAACACAAUCACAGAGCUCUGUUUUUGUUGUUUGUAAAUAAAAGAAAUGCAAUCCGUCGACACUUUGAGCAGAAAUAUGCUUACGUAAUAAUUUAAACCGUGUCAUUUUGAAAGUGCAGCUGAAACAAAACCUGUCUCGAAACAGGAAAGCAGGAAAUAAAUCACGUUUAAUCACUUGUCCUUACAACAACAAAAAAAAAUAAAA